GACGUCUUUAGGACUUGAAUUAAAUUGCCUUAUGGUGAAGUAUGUAGUGAAAUAAACUCAGCGCCCGUAGCUCCGGAUCCUUACGACCCUGCAUAGGAAAAGAGGGCAAAGAAAAUGGAUGGAAAAUAUACCGGGGUAGCCCACUUUGGAGGAGAAGCGCGCCGCCACGUAUAUUAAAUCUCUGGUGACCGAGGGGAGGCGCAGUGGAGCAGCCACGUUGCCAUGGAGAGAAAGUCGCUCGGCGGCGAUGGUCGGACACUGGAGAUCGCUGGUGUUCAGAUGCGCUCGGCACUUAUGUGAUGGAAGUCCAUUGAACCGGCAAGGUUGGGAAGCUCACACCCUUGCCCCGAUCAUGCAUGUCGUCAUCCUGGAAUCACUUCGGUAAUUAGCUGCUGGUGUGGAUCAGAAGCCUGCUGACAAAUUUCUCUGGCCAGCAACCAUGAGCAGUGUGUCGCACUUCCUGCACCCCUCCACCUUAAGCAAAAGGUCCCUGUUGCUCCUGCUUCUCUUGCUGUCAGGAAGGCAGUGGGGGGCAGCUCCCUCUAACCUCCUGGUAGGCGCCCAGCCCAGUGAGCGCCGCACUCUUGCACACGUGCCUGGAGACCUUGUCAUUGGUGCGCUGUUCUCUGUGCACCACCAGCCUCCUGCAGACAAGGUGCAUGAGCGUAAGUGUGGGGCAGUACGGGAGCAGUAUGGCAUCCAGAGGGUGGAGGCCAUGCUGCACACUCUGGACCGCAUCAACGCUGACGAGCGCAUCCUGCCUGGUGUGAUGCUGGGCUGCGAGAUCCGCGACUCCUGCUGGCAUUCGGCCGUGGCCCUGGAGCAGAGCAUCGAGUUCAUCCGCGACUCGCUGGUCUCCAGCCAGGAGGACGCUGAGGGGGACUUUGCAGCCACUGCACGCUGCACUGUUGACAGUUCUGACCGGCCUGCAGGCUCUAAGAAGCCCAUCGUCGGACUGAUCGGACCAGGCUCCAGCUCUGUGGCCAUCCAGGUGCAGAACCUACUGCAGCUCUUCAACAUUCCCCAGAUCGCCUACUCUGCCACCAGCAUGGACCUCAGCGACAAGUCCCUGUACCAGUACUUCAUGAGGGUGGUACCAUCUGAUGCCCAACAGGCCAGGGCUAUGGUCGACAUUGUCAAAAGGUACAGCUGGACCUAUGUCUCAGCUAUCCACACUGAGGGGAACUAUGGCGAAAGUGGCAUGGAGGCCUUCAAGGACAUGGCGACCAAAGAGGGCAUCUGCGUCGCCCACUCCGACAAGAUCUACAGCAACGCUGGGGAGCACAACUUCGACCGGCUUCUGGAUAAGCUGGUUGCGCACCUGCCACGCGCACGCGUGGUCGCCUGCUUCUGCGAGGGCAUGACCGUGCGCGGCAUCCUCAUGGCCAUGCGCCGUCGCCACCUAGUGGACCAGUUCCUGCUGGUCGGCAGCGAUGGCUGGGCCGACCGGUAUGACGUGACCGACGGCUAUGAGAGGGAGGCUGCCGGUGGCAUCACCAUCAAGCUCCAGUCAGCCUACGUCAGAUGGUUUGAUGAUUACUACCUGGCUCUGCGGCCCCACAACAACCAGCGCAAUCCUUGGUUCCCCGAGUUCUGGCAGCACCGUUUCCAGUGCCGAUUGGCAGGUCACCCGCAGGAGAACCGGCAGUAUAAUCGCACGUGUAGUGAUAAGGAGUCCCUGAGACAGCAGUAUGCCCAGGACACCAAGAUGGGCUUUGUGAUUGAUGCCAUCUACUCCAUGGCUUACGGCCUGCACAACAUGCAGAGGGAGCUCUGCCCUGGCGGAGAUGGCCUCUGCUCGGCCAUGCACCCUGUUGAUGGCCGCGCGCUGCUCGACUAUCUUAUGAAGACCAACUUCACUGGAGUGUCUGGGGAGCUGGUCUGGUUCGAUGAGAAUGGGGACUCCCCGAGGCGGUACGAGAUCAUGAAUUUCAAGAAGACGGGUCCAGAAGCAGAUGACUACAGCUAUAUCAGCGUAGGCAGCUGGGACAACCAGGGGCUGAAGAUGGAUGACGAUGAGGUGUGGGCCAACCAGAGCGUGAUCAUCCAGUCAGUGUGCAGCGAGCCAUGCCAGAAGGCCCAGAUCAAGGUGAUCCGCAAAGGUGAGGUCAGCUGCUGCUGGACCUGCACUCCUUGCAAGGAGAAUGAGUUUGUAUUUGAUGAGCACACCUGCCAGGCUUGUGCCCUGGGAUCCUGGCCCACUGAUGACCUCACAGGCUGUGAACCCAUUCCUGUGGAGUACUUGCGUUGGGGUGACCCUGAGCCCAUUGCCGCUGUGGUUUUCGCCUGCUUGGGUCUCGUGGCCACAGCCUUUGUCACCUCUGUCUUUGUGAAGUUUCGAGACACGCCGGUGGUGAAGUCCUCCAGCCGUGAGCUCUGCUACAUCAUCCUGGCUGGCAUCUUCCUGGCCUACCUCAGUACCUUCUCCCUGGUGACCAGGCCACGGAUUGCCUACUGCUACCUGCAGAGGCUGCUGGUGGGGCUGUCUCCCGCCAUGAGCUACUCGGCCUUGGUGACAAAGACCAACCGAAUCGCGAGAAUCCUAGCCGGCAGCAAAAAGAAGAUUUGCACGCGCAAGCCACGCUUCAUGAGCGCCUGCGCCCAACUGGUCAUCGCCACGCUGCUUAUUCUGAUGCAGCUGGCCAUUGUGGUGACAUUGUUUGUCAAGGAGCCACCGGCCGUCGUGCAUGACCACCCCAGCAUGCGGCAGGUCCGGCUGGUGUGCAAUACUAGCACCCUGGGUGUGGUGGCGCCACUGGGCUACAAUGGGCUGCUCAUCCUCAGCUGCACCUUCUACGCAUUCAAGACUCGCAAUGUGCCGGCCAACUUCAAUGAGGCCAAGUACAUUGCCUUCACCAUGUACACCACCUGCGUGGUUUGGCUGGCCUUCGUACCCAUCUAUUUUGGCAGCGACUAUAAGACGGUGACCAUGUGCUUCUCAGUGAGCCUGAGUGCCUCCGUGGCACUGGGCUGCAUGUUCGCUCCCAAGGUCUACAUCAUGCUGGCCAAGCCAGAGAAGAACGUCAGGAGUGCCUUCACCACCUCCACCGUGGUGCGCAUGCAUGUGGGCGACGGCAAGUCUGCCUCCUCCUCUACUGCCAGUGGUGGCUCUGGUAGUGCGAGAAACCUCUGGAAACGCAGAAGCUCCGGGGCUGAGGCACCGAGCUCCAAUGGGAAGUCGAUGACCUGGGUUCAGAAUGAGCGAAGCUACCAUCACAGCCUGUGGAAGCGCAUUUCCAUCCAUAUCAAAAAGAAGGAGAGCAACCAGACUGCUGUUAUCAAGCCAUUCCACAAGGGCGGAGAUGUGGCACCCGAGCCGGGGGCCGAGGCACGGCACUAUCCGGUGACUUACCACUCGCAGUUGCCCUCACCGUCAUCAAUCAGCGCCAUGGCGGGGCCCUCGAUGGGGCACGAGGAAGAAGAUGAGGAGGAGGAAGAACAGGAGGAAGUGGCCCUGUCCUCAUACAUGAGCCAGCGGCCAGUGGAGUCCUCCCGGGUCUCCAUCAUGGAGCAAAUCAGCUCCAUGGUCGACCGCUUCACUGCUAACAUAAGUGAGCUGAACAGCAUGAUGCUGCCUGGCUCCCCGUCAUUGACGCCCAGAUUCAGCAUUACUAGAGAGACUGCGGAUACAGGCCUGCAGCAGGAGUCUAGUUUGGAGCAGGAGGGGACAGGCCACUCCCACAGCCUAGCCCCCAGUGGGAGGUCAGGCGCCCUGGAAGAUCUGAUCGGGCUUAUGCCCCCUUCUCCCUUCCGGGACCAAGCAGAGCUGGCUAACUCUACCUCUGUCCUCUGCAUGCCCUCCUCCCCCCCAUAUGAGGGGCUGCUGCUGAGGGAGUUUGGUCCCAGCUCCUCAUCCCUGUGAGCGAGCUACACGAUUGGGGUGUGGCUACAUUGUCGGGUGGGGUUUGCUGGGAGAUAUAUUCUGAUAGGUCAUGGACACAGCCCAGAAUGACAAUACAGCCUUGGACCAAUCAGGACGCGAUGGACUGCCAUUAAACUAGCGUGGUGACCUUGUUGGACAGAGAGGGGUCAGGUGGCUGUUCACCUGCAUGAUGUCACUUACUGUAUAUUUGAACCAUCAGUUCAGGACUCGAGCAGGGGGGUGGGGGUGGGUGGGAAGAUG